UGAUCUGAUAUUUAUCUUCAGGUCACAGACUGGACUGAGGUCAGCAGCAUGUUGAGAGUCUGUGUUGACAUGAUGACGAUCCACAAAAACAGUACACAUUCAAAUAUUCAUAUUUCUUUAUCCAGGUUGAAGAGCUGCAGUCUGUCAGAGAUCAGCUGUUCUUCUCUGGCUUCAGCUCUGAGGUCAAACCCCUCUCAUCUUAGAGAACUGGAUCUGAGCUACAACGACCUGCAGGACUCAGGAGUGAAGAAGCUGUGUGGUUUUCUACAGAGUCCAAUCUGUCGACUGGAGACUCUGUGGUUGGAGAGCUGCAGUCUGUCAGAGAUCAGCUGUUCUUACCUGGCUUCAGCUCUGAGGUCAAACCCCUCUCAUCUAAGAGAACUGGAUCUGACUCUAAAUGACCUGAAGGACUCAGGAGUGAAGGAGCUGUGUGGUUUUCUACAGAGUCCAACCGGUCGACUGGAGACUCUGAGGUUGUGGGAAUGCAGUCUGUCAGCGAUCAGCUGUUCUUUUCUGGCUUCAGCUCUGAGGUCAAACCCCUCUCAUCUGAGAGAACUGGAUCUGACUCUAAAUGACCUGAAGGACUCAGGAGUGAAGGACCUGUGUGGUUUUCUACAGAGUCCAACCUGUCGACUGGAGACUCUGAGGUUAAGGUACUGCAGUCUGUCAGAGAUCAGCUGUUCUUCUCUGGCUUCGGCUCUGAGGUCAAACCCCUCUCAUCUGAGAGAACUGGAUCUGACUAGAAACAGGCUGCAUGUCUCAGGAGUGAAGGAGCUGCUUGAUCUAAAGCAGAGUUCAACCUGUCGACUGGAGACUCUGAGUUGGUGAUCUUGGUGAAGGUGAGUGUGAAGAGGACAGUGUGUGUGGACGGAGGCUGAGCUGUGUCCUGAGGAUCCAGAGGCUGAAGCAGCAGCAGCUUGUGUGUAGAGUGGCUCUGACUGGGCCUUGUUGCUGGGAGGCAGAGUGGAGACAGAGCUCCAGAGGAAUCAGAGGAGGUGAGCUGCUCUGAGAUCAGCUGUCACACAGUGUCCAGUCCACCGUCCUCCCUGUGUGUUCCUGGGGAUGUCAACAAACAACCAUUCACACUCACAUUAACACCUACGCUCGAUGUAAAGUCUCCAAUUUACCCAACCUCUAAUCUGCAUGUGUUUGUGAGAUGAA